AUGGCGUUUGACUCUGACACCGAUCCAUACCCAGAGGACGAAUCCGUCAACGAGGACGAUCAUGAAGAAGAAGAAGAAGAAGAAGAACAGGAAUCGUCCGAAAUCGACCACGAAGACUAUCAAGAAGUCCGUGACGUCUCCUCGCCAGUACCCAUGAAUGCCACACUAGCAGACGCAAUCUCCACGGCACCAGAAACGAAAAUCCGUGCCCUGCUCCAACACAUCGUGUCCGAAAUCCCAGCCGCAAACGCCAUAGCAUCUCGAAAACUUCUCGCAUCAACCACCACCACAGGCGUGAAGAGAAAAGCGUACGAAAAAUGCAAGAAUUGUGGAGAUGACUACGAUGUCUCUCAAAAUUACAAAGGAGCUUGUUUUUAUCAUGAGGGAGAGAAAGAGCUGGACAACGCGGGAGACUUCUGGGCUGAUCAUGAUUCUGAUUGUCAUGGAGAUCCCGAGAGUUUCGUUGAUGAUCCAAAUAUGGAAGAAGGCUUCAUCUGGUCUUGUUGUGAACAGAGUGGCAGCGCUGAUGGAUGUGUCAUUUCGAAACAUCAACCGAAAGAGGCGCAG